UCCGUUAUUUUUCCAUUUUAUUUGUCUGUAAGGACCACUGUUCAAAUAACUUUUCUCAUAUUUAUCUGUAACUUACAUUAUCUUAGCGUGUUGUAUGCAGUAUUAGGUAGCUUUUUACAUUUUUAAAGGUAACUGGGUUAGGCGCAAAAUGUUUCAGGCGAAACACAGACUACAAUAAUUGCACAUUGGGGUCCUUCCUCUGACACCGGAACAUGUGCAUUUCGUCAUCACUCGGCCGACUGCCUACAGUGGGGCAACGUGGAAAAGUUUGAGGCAGUGUCCCAUUGGAGCGUACACGAUAAAACAUGGAGUACAUGCAAACUCCAGCUACCAGCAGUCAAGGGAACAUCCUGUGCUGCACCUGUGGCAUCCCCAUCCUGCCAAAUCCCGCCAACAUGUGCGUGUCCUGCCUGCGCACCCAGGUGGACAUCUCCGACGGGAUCCCCAAGCAGGUCACCGUGCACUUCUGCAAGCAGUGCGAGAGGUACCUGCAGCCUCCUGCUACCUGGAUGCAGUGCGCUCUGGAGUCCCGCGAGCUGCUGGCCCUCUGCCUCAAGAAGCUGAAGGCCUCCAUGACCAGGGUGCGCUUGAUAGACGCCGGCUUCCUGUGGACGGAGCCGCACUCCAAGAGGAUCAAGGUGAAGCUGACCAUCCAGAAAGAGGUGAUGAACGGCGCCAUCCUGCAGCAGGUGUUUGUGGUGGAGUUCGUCAUCCAGGCUCAGAUGUGUGAUGACUGCCACCGCGUCGAGGCCAAGGACUUCUGGAAGGCCGUGGUGCAAGUGAGGCAGAAGACGGCUCAUAAGAAGACCUUUUACUACCUGGAGCAGCUGAUCCUGAAGCACAAGCUGCACCAGACCACCCUGCGCAUCAAAGAGAUCCACGAGGGGAUUGAUUUCUACUACGGCUCCAAGCAGCACGCUCAGAAGAUGGUGGAUUUCCUACAGUGCACCGUGCCCUGCAGGUCUAAAUACUCUCAACGACUCAUCUCACACGACAUCCACUCCAACACGUUCAACUACAAAAGCACCUUUUCCACCGAGAUCGUGCCGGUGUGUAAGGAUAAUGUGGUGUGUUUGUCUCCUCGACUGGCCCAGAGCCUGGGGAACAUGGGGCAGGUGUGCGUGUGCGUGAGAGUCACCAGCACCAUACACCUCAUCGACCCCAACACCCUGCAGAUCGCCGAGGUAGACGGCAACACCUACUGGCGCAACCCCUUCAACAGCCUGUGUAACCCCCGGCAACUGGAGGAGUUCAUCGUCAUGGAUACGGACAUCAUCAGGGAUCAGAAGCAGAAGGCGGGAGCUGGGCUCAGAUCAAACAAGCACACCCUGGCGGAGGUGUGGGUGCAGAAGAGCUCAGAGAUGAACACGGGGCAGCAGUAUCACUGCCGUACCUUCCUGGGACACCUGCUCAACAUCGGGGACCUGGUGCUGGGCUUUGACUUUGCGAACGCCAACAUCAACGACGAGUUUCUCAACAAGAUGAACCCUCAUCACGUCCCAGACGUGGUGCUGAUCAAGAAGAGCUACGAUCGCAGCAGACGAGUGAAGCGCAGGAACUGGAAGCUGAAGGAGAUGGAGAGAGAGAAGGAGGGAAUGGACACGGACGAGGAGAGGCAAUAUCAGGACUUCUUGGAGGACCUGGAGGAGGAUGAAGCUCUGCGGAAGAACGUCAACAUCUUCAGAGAUUCCUCUAAGAUCCCUGUGGAGAGUGAUACGGAUGAUGAAGAAGCCCCCAGGAUCUCUCUGAUGGAGAUGUUGGAGGAGUUGAGUCUGAACGACGCCACAGGACCAGAGGGGGCGGCCAUGAUGACCGAGUGACCCCCCCCCCCCCCUCCCCUCCCCAGCCCUAAAGAGAGAGAAGCCUGCCCCCUUUCAGCAGGACAACACUCAGCAGAGACCCCCAGUGUGUCCUACACACACACACACACACACACACACCUGUAUACACACACACACACACACACACACACACCUGUAGACUCUCACACACACACACCCGUACACUCUCUCACACACACACACACACACACACACCUGUACACUCUCUCACACACACACACACACACACACACACACACACAC